GGAGACUCCAGUUUUGUUUUCGAAAGCAUGUGAGCUUUUCAUUAUGGAGCUCACACUUCGUUCAUGGCUACACACUGAAAGAAGCAAGAGGCGUACGUUGCAGCAUUGUGACACUGCCAGGGCAAUUAUGCAGGAUGACCUUCUUCACUUUUUAUUCGACCAUACUCAUUGCCAUAAGGAAGAGGAGAUUGGAAAAAUUUCUCGAAAUGUUGAUUCUGGUUCUACUACUGGAGCAUUGCGUGUUCUUGAGACAAACCAGCUCGGUGGGGGUUUGGGAGAAAUGGAUCAAGUGAUUCAGCAAUACAUGAUUGACCCAUCAAUGUCCUCCGCUGAACUCCAUCGUGACUAUUUUGAAGCAAAGUGAUGAAGUGAAGGUGUUGAAUUCAAUAUGGUGGAGAUUGAAGAUUUCGAAGAACAGUAUAAAGCAUGGAGGUUGGGGGCCUUUCCAAGCCACGGGAUGUUCAAUGAAAAUCCCUUCUGCGUCUCACUGGCAGGCAGCGAUGCACGAAGAAUAUACAGCCCUUAUGAAGAACCAAACUUGGUCCCUCGUUCCUCCUACACCAACCAUGAACGUCGUGGGCUGUAAAUGGGUUUUCAAAGUCAAGCGAAAAGCCGAUGGCACUAUUGAAAGACACAAGGCACGCUUAGUUGCCAAGGGCUUUAAUCAAAUGGAGGGCCUUGACUAUGAUGAAACAUUUAGUCCUGUUGUCAAGCCAGCUACUAUUCGCACUAUCUUAACUAUUGCUCUUUCCAGGAAUUGGCCCUUGCAACAACUUGAUGUUCGUAAUGCCUUUCUGAAUGGCAUCUUACAGGAGGAGGUUUAUAUGAAGCAGCCCCCAGGUUUUGCUGACCCUCUUCGCUCCAAAUAUGUCUGCAAACUCCACAAGGCACUCUAUGGCCUUAAACAGGCCCCCCGUGCAUGGUUUCAUCGACUUCAUUCUUUUUUAAUUCAUCAAGGAUUCUUCCAUAGUCAAUCUGAUGCUUCACUUUUUAUUCGUCAUACAACCUCUCAUACUCUUUAUGUCCUUGUGUAUGUUGAUGACUUAAUUGUAACAGGUAGUACUCUUCCUGCAGUUAACAAAUUCAUUGAUGAUUUAUGUUCAACCUUUGAUAGUCGCAGGCUGGGCGAGCUCAAUUUUUUUCUUGGCAUGGAAGUUUGUCGCACCAAUGGCUCUCUAUCAAUCUCUCAAGCUCGCUAUGCAUCUGACCUUCUCACCAAAUUUAAUAUGGCAGCAUGUAAACCAAGUCCCACACCACUGCUCUCCUCCACCAGACUCUCUGCAAAUGAUGGUGAUCCGAUCUCUGACCCCACACUGUAUCGUAGCAUGGUUGGGGGCCUCCAGUACCUCACUCUAUCUCGUCCCGAUAUCGCUUUUGCCGUGAAUCAAGUGUGCCAAUUCAUGCAUCAUCCAUGUUCCACUCACCUCCAAGCUGUUAAAAGGAUCUAUCGCUACAUUAAGGGCACUCUUGAGCAUGGCCUUCUCUUUCGUGCUUCUGCUGACCUCACUUUGCGAGCCUUCUCCGACUCUGA